UGCCAUGUUUGGCUGCCUGGUGGCGGGGAGGCUGGUGCAGACUGCUGCACGGCAAGUGGCAGAGGAUAAAUUUGUUUUUGACUUGCCUGAUUAUGAAAAUAUCAACCACGUCGUGGUUUUUAUGCUGGGAACAAUCCCAUUUCCGGAGGGGAUGGGAGGAUCUGUCUACUUUUCCUAUCCUGACUCAAAUGGGAUGCCGGUGUGGCAGCUCCUAGGAUUUGUCACGAAUGAGAAGCCAAGUGCCAUCUUCAAAAUAUCAGGUGUUAAAUCUGGAGAAGGAAGCCAACACCCAUUUGGAGCCAUGAAUAUUGUGCGAACCCCAUCUGUCGCUCAGAUUGGAAUUUCAGUGGAAUUGUUGGACAGUCUUGCUCAGCAGACUCCUGUAAGCAAUGCUGCAGUGUCCUCUGUGGACUCGUUUACACAGUUCACACAGAAGAUGUUGGAUAACUUCUUCAAUUUUGCUUCAUCAUUUGCUCUCUCUCAGGCUCAGAUGACACCAAAUCCAUCAGAAAUGUUCAUCCCAGCAAAUUUAUUCCUGAAGUGGUAUGAAAAUUUUCAAAGGCGAUUAACGCAGAACCCUCUCUUUUGGAAAACAAUUUGA